GUCAAAUUCAAAUUUUCAAAAUUUGAGGUUAAAAAUAAGUUCAAAUUUUGAAGGUUUUGCUUGUGAAGCAAAAAAAAACAUGAAAUUUCGAGCUGUUAUUACCGAAGCUCCCGCUAUGAGGGAUUUUAUGAAUAUAGCAUUGAGUUUAUCAAAGUUUUCCAAAGAGUGUGUAAUGAGAAUAACUACAAGAAAGGUCUAUUUUAUUAUCUCGGAAGAAGAUUCUGGACCACGACGUCCUUUGGUGUGGUGUGAAUUACCCAUAAAUUUUUAUUUCAAGGAAUACAAUGUUGUAGGAGUUAACCAGCAGUUCAAUGAAAUAUAUUUAGAAUUUUCUACAGCAUUACUCGCUCGAUCAUUAUCUGUGCUGAAACAGAAUGUUAAGUCUUGCAAGAUUAAGUUGACUGAUAAGGACUCACCAUGCCUAACAAUAGAAACAGAAUUGAUGGCUGGAGAUAUCAUCAGUAGACAGGUUGUACAUGACAUACCAGUUGAAGUUAUUUCAAGAAAACAUUGGUCUGACUAUGAAGAACCCCAUUUUAAUGACUUCCAUGUCACUAUACAAAUGCCUAAUCUGAAGUUUUUGAAGAAUAUUGUUGAUAAAAUGAGAAAUACGAGUCAUACACUGAUUGUUAGUGCAAAUAAAAAUGGCAGGCUUACAUUACAAGUUAAAACAAAUAUGAUCAAUUUGUCAGCCCACUUUACAGAUUUGAAUGUGGAUAGCUUUGCUGGUAAAAACUUCAAAAUACUUUCAAUUCAUCCCAGUAUAGUUGGUCACACAACUACCAACAUACACAGUGCUAUAGAAGAAAAUGAUUCAGAUCUUAUUCAGUCUGUUGUGGACAUAAAGAAGUUUGUCAUGUUCCUAUCAGGUCUACAGAUCAACAAUUGUAGGACCACUUGCAGUAUUGUCCAUAGCAAAAUGGUGAAGCUCUACAUGGAUCAACCUGGAUCACUUUCCAUUCAAGUAUUCCUUACAGAAAUGAGUUUGUGAAAUUGUUAGAUUAUGAUAAGGCUAAUUGUGAUGUUUACUGGUUGUAUUAUCUACUAUUAAAAUUAAAUUAUUUCACUGCUUUGCUUUUGAAUCAGUUUAAAGGAAAAGGAAAGGGGUUCAUCAGAUCUCUUGUAAGCCUUAUUAUAGAUCCUAUUAAUGUGUCCAAAGAUAUGACAUACAAUUAAUGAUAUCCAGAUGCUGAAAACUCUGAUAACAGGAAACAUUUUUAAAUUGUACCAUUAAUUAACAUUUCUUCCUGGAAUAUUAUGAUCAAUGGUUGCAUGUACCCUGAAAAUAAAGCCUUGGUGACACGCUGAUGGGGUUAUUGCUUGUUUAAUUGUUUAAGAUUUAUUCAACUUGAUUGCUACAAUAUUACAUUCUUCUGAAAAACUAAACAAUUACAUAACAGAUAUUUAGAAAAAAAAAUUUCAUUGUCCAUGAAAUAUUCCUUUAAUUUUCUUUUAAACAACUUUGAAUCACAAGAAGACUUUAUAUACUUAUUUAGUUUGUUAAAUUCAAGUAAUCCUUUCUGAAAUAUUGACUUGAUAGUUAUAUUACUAUUGCAAUUUUGUAAAUGCAAAUCUAUAUUUCCUUUUGUAUAACAAUUGUGGUAAUGAUUAUUCAAUUCUAUGUAGUGUUCCAAUUGUUGUGGCAAAAGAUGAU